AUGGCAACAGGCUGGUUGCCGAUCACUCUGACAUUUUGUUCCCUCUUUCAUCUGGUGGUGAUUGCAUGGGAGAGAUACGUGGCCAUUCAAAAGUGGAGGGACUACAGAGUUAUAGUGACUAAAGGCCGCUUGAAAAAGCUGGCCGCGAUAGCUUGGAUUUCUGGACCAGUAUUCGUUUGUAUCCCAUCCACUAUUUCCAUAGCGGUCAGUGGACACAUUACCAUUGAAGUUCUCGCGGCUUUAAUAUGUUGUAUGCUGGCACUCAUCGUAUAUUUUUACGUCAUGGUGUACCUUGGAGUACGCAAACAAAAGUUCAGUCAAAUUUCCCAGGUCAGAGUGUUAGUGAGAAUGAAACUGGAAAACAGAGUUGCGAAGACCACUGCAUUGGUUACAGCUGCGUUGAUCCUUUCCUUCGUUCCUGCUGUUUCUCUCACUUUACUGGGAGAGGUUUUUCCUGUUCUUCAUAGAAUGUCCUCAGUGCGCGUAGGGGAUACACUGAUGCUUUCAAAUUCUUUAGUUAAUCCACUCAUUUACUGUUACAGAGACUGCCGUUUUAAGAAAGCUGUGCUCGAGAUUUUGAAAAUUAAAAAACCUAAACAAAAGAAUGCAGUGGACAAAGUGCGAUUCACCAAAAGAAGAGAUGGGCGUGGUCCACCAAACGAUAAGGUGCAGAUUACACAAGAAGAAGAUAAAAAUAUUUUGUUGAGAAGAUCAGCAUCCUUGGAUUUGAUCCGGUUUUUUGAUCAAGCUUAUAUCGAGCCUAAUAAGAUGUUGGUUAAGAGAACCCUGUCGGCUCCGUUGAUCCAUGUUGGUGGCAUUUCGGGCGUAGUAUAGACUAAUUAACGCUUCCACUACCAUCGGCCAUCGUGGUCCAUGACGUCAAGAGCGCCAUUUCAAGGUCCUCGAAACACGGUAAGAAGCGAGAUCUUCAUCCAGAACUGCUGCCACAAAGACCAAAUCCUUUCAAAAAAGCAAAAAACAAAAAACGGAUCCUUAAGAACGAUGACGACUUUGGAAAACAGGAGACCGAACAGACUAUUUUGCACACACGACUGAGAUAAUUUCAGUAUAAGUAAAAUCCUUUACAUAAUUAUUAUCAGGAGACGCGAAACUGGUCAGCCUUGGAAACGCUGGCUACAGUCUUCUCAGAAGUCGAGCUUAGCAGAUAUCUGCAGAGACUGCACUAAGCUUUCUUGCUUUAUUUUAUUUUCUGUCAACCUGGAAAAUGUUCGUGCAACAAAACAACAACAAACUUUAUCAGAUAAUAAUAAUAAUGAUGAUGAUGAUGAUGAUGAUGAUGAUGAUGAUGAUAACAAUAAUAUAUGGAUUUUGCCAGGGUUAAAAGCGAAGCUCUCGUUAAUAUCAAUAGUUUACUAAACUAAAUACAAAAUCGUGUAACGCCAAGGGGCGAAGGCAACGAAAACAGCCAAAAAAAAUCAGUAGGUCUAAUUAGCAGAAAACACUUUGCACGUGCAGCACAAUUUUUUUCUAAUAAGCAAAAAAACAACUUUACAUUUUUAUUUUGUAAAUUUCCUUGCCGUCGUUUUGCCCGACUACAACGUGAAACUUCCAGAAACUUCCUAGUUACACGUUUUAUGGAGGAAAUGUUGUAUGUGGUCCUGUUCACUUUCUUUUCGCUGCCGUUCAUUUUCAGCUUGGUGGCAGCUAGUAUUUCCCNUUGCCGUCGUUUUGCCCGACUACAACGUGAAACUUCCAGAAACUUCCUAGUUACACGUUUUAUGGAGGAAAUGUUGUAUGUGGUCCUGUUCACUUUCUUUUCGCUGCCGUUCAUUUUCAGCUUGGUGGCAGCUAGUAUUUCCCCUUUUUCUCACAGCCGCUAUAAAAGUGUUAUGUUUUUCUUCCAACGAAAUUGGUCUCCUUUGGUUUUUAUCUUUCGCUCUAGCUCUUUGUCUGUUAUCCACGUCAAUGUAGACAUUGAAAUUUAGUCGAAAGAAAGAAUCGGCUUUUGUUGUUGUUGUUUUUAUCUCUAAGGGGUGGACGUACGGACUAAUGUACCCCGUACGGACAAUUUUCUCAGAACCAAAAUUUCUUGGAUGCAUAGAUUUACCUAAUUUUCUUACCCAUAGUGCUCCGCUGCACGCGCUUCGCGCGCUCGAGAGCUCCGCUAAUACUGAUGAGAAUAAUGAUGAUGAUGAUCAGAAUAAUAAAAACAACAAACAACAAAUAAUCGAAAGCCUCGUUUAGCACUUUUCGAGGCGGGCCUAAGGGGAAAAAAAAUAUUCUAAAAUAUUCAGCCAGCCAGUACUUAGUGUUUUAUAAUUUAGAUAAUCUGUUAUCAGUUACGUAGCAUAUUUGAUUAUGAGAGGGGGAAGUAGUGGUAUAAUUUUUAGUAUUCUAGAUUCACCAUAUUCAACGCACAUUGUCUAAUUUGCGAAGAUCAAUAAGUCUCAUUAUCAUUCGAUGCAAGUUUUUCUUCCUUUUCAUUGGCCGAAAGACCACCACGUGACCUGCAAAUAUCUGCCUACAAAUAAUGAACCAAAAACGAGCAGUCCAAAGACUACUGCAAAGCUGAUUCAUAACAUCGUGUAUUAAUUUCUUAUAACAAUAUUUCGGCUGGCCAUACCAGCCUUCUUCAGGUUUACAGAUGUUACUGAUCAUACAUGCCCCCCCUUCCCCACCGUGCAUUGGACGACAUUUGAAAGAAAUAAUUCUCUUGGGCACAGAGAACAAGCAUACAAGCUAAAAGGUCUGUUUUAUAAUUUAUGCAAUAAUUAUACACACUCGCCAUAAACAGUCCGGGCCACAACCAGAUCUGGAUAUGUAAUUUCCUGCAAUGUGAUUGGUCCAGACCGUAACCAAAACAUUGAUUUGACCGCAAAAGGACUAAGUUCGACAGAAAUGUCGAAGAAAAGAGCGGUGUGGCUGGGAUGUUCCUUGAAGAAAAGUAACAGCAUGCAAUUCCAAACCGAUUAAUAGAGAUGAUGUUAUGCGUCUUAGCGUUCGGUUUACAAAUAUCAAGAUGAUAAUGAUCGAGGAAGGUUUCUGUAAAAACGCCUGGACUUCUGAUAUCAAGAGACCCGAAGCAACUCGACGACACCGAUCGAAAGGGAAGAGUAGGGAAUUUGAAUACUUGCAAUACUGAUCCAUUUUAAGUGGAAAGGUAUAAAGAGGUCGUGUUUGGAGUACUUUUUGCGAGCACCGCUUCGGCCUAGAGUAGUGUGUUCUAUGCUUCUUAUGGAGCAAUACCAUACGCGCUAAAAUCUAAUUGCGAUUGAAGGAGUGCUGGAUAUUAAUUUUCAAUAUUUCAGUCGUCAAACAUCUUGGAUUAUUAGGCGAAGGUAAAAAAAUAAAUAGAAUUUCUGUAAAUUGCACUCACGAAGGGUCGUAAACAGUCAUUAAUCAAUGUCUGUCUUUUUGUGUUGCAAAACCCUAUUGCGGAUGAAAAUAUUAAAAUACCAUUCACCAGUUCAGAGAUGGACUUUAUCGUGUUCUAAUAGCAAUAAAGUGGGCUGGUAGGCCUACACAACUUUUAUCUCAUGCCAAAAUGCUGCUCGUUCCAAUUAAGCCAGGGGGCGGGGGGGGGACUCCGCAUAUGAAAGUGGUGGGGAUGCUCGUCGUCUCGCUUAGGGGUGUAAAUUUCGGAUUUUGGUCUCAUUUAGUGUGUUCUGGGCAAAACGCUAUUAUAUUUAGCCGUGAAGGUCUCGUUUAGGGUUGCACGCGAAAAAAUAUAAAAAAAUAUAUAUUUGAUAUGUGUAUUUUUAAUUCGUUUUAUUUACUCCAUUCAUAUAAUCCAAGUUUUCUCAUUUGUCUGUGUUUUAACAUGGUCUCUUUUAGGGAUCAAAAAAAGCUUGGGCCACGCCCAGAUCGGUCUCCUUUAGAGGUUUAAUUCAAAAUUUCCGACGAGCAUCCCCACCCUUUUCAUAUGAAGAGUCCCCCCCCCGGGUAAUUAAGUUUUUUUCCUCUGCUGGGUAGAUUAUGAUCUGGAAGGCUACACAUUUUCACUGAGCAAUUGUGAUUUUAGCCGCUUGUUCACACUGAGAGGUCAUGGCACACAUAUCGAUUUACUGUGGUUUUUGUAUCUGGUCUGAAGGAUUUCCCUCUGAUGCAAGCGCAUAUUCUGUGACCUCAGUUUCUGAAGCGUCAAGAAUUUUAUUACGGCUGAAUAAGGGUUCUAAUUUUCUCCAAAGUGCCUUCUGGAUCUGAAUAACUAAGCGAUUUUUGUUAGUCCGUGAAUGUAAAUAAAUUUUUUUUUUUGCAAUGUUGUAUCACGCUGGGCCCAGCUCAUGAGUUUCCUUUGCAGGAUGUUAAAUUAUCACGGAUAGUGAUUUACAGAUACAAAAUUGUAAGAAUUAAGUGCAGCUUCAACUGAAGCUGCAUCAACUAUGGAGAAAUUCAUUGUGACUCAGUAGACUCCAGCUUGGUGUUUUUCUAUAAAUGCGAGUCUUCUGACUGGAGCGCGUAUUCCCUUCCUUGAUAUGUAAUAGCUUUGAAUAAGCUUAACAGUGUUUGAACUGCUUUGUUAUUACCACUUUGUGAUCAGGCAAGACCAUGGUUACGGUUCUCCACGAACAAACCGGCGGCAUCUUUUUGCCACAAAAACAAGGUGCUUUUGCUUUUGCAUCCGACUGCAAGAUAACAUAAAAUAAACAUGGCGUUACAAUGAAAACCUGCACGUGAACGGCGCAGCUGACUGUUGCAUCUUCCAAAGCACAGCACUAUUUGAAUUCGCUAUGCACUACACCAAAAAGACCACCAUCAAAAAGCAAAUUUUAUGUAGAUUUUUUCAGAAAAAUUUUUUCAAGGAUCAGAAAAUUGAAACUCACCUUCUUUUUUAGAUGUUUUGCGCCUUGUCCGGCAUUUCUUUGAGCUGAAAAACUCUCGUGUUCGGUCGUUUUACUUCUCAAGAACGCUCAACGUUCAUCGGACGGAAUUUUUUCUUCACACCCCUGAUUUCUCAUUGUCUAAAGUCACAGCUCUCAAAGUAGUAUGGGGAAAAGACGCUUCUAGGCGCGGCAAAGAACCCUGAAGUGACCUUCCCUCAUGUUUCUCGGCGUGGGCGCCAUUUUGCAAAUGUGGGUGACGUCAUCAUAUAUCCAGAUCUGGUUGUGGCCUGGACUGAUAAAGGAAACGUGUUCUGUGCUUCCCUUGGAGUACAAACUUUGUUAAUAACGUAUAAGGAAACUCGAUGGUGCUCUAUAUAUUGACGCGAAAUAGAGAGAAAAAAAAACCGGUUGUGCACGACCACACUACUUCAAGUUCGAAAAAUGAACGUUACUAAGUAGAUCCUUCCCUUUGGGUUUUGUUUUUGUUUUUGUUUUUGUUUUUCUCAAGUUUUGGUAAAGACCAGUCAGCGAAUAUCCAUAGACAAUGUACUUCUGGGAGAGCGGUUUAAAGUUAGAAAACUUUCCAAGUUUUUUUUCAGGGCGAUACGGCUGAGCGAGCAAAGAUAUUGCUGCACAAAGUGGCGAAACUAUACAGGCCUGAGACGUUUAUAUAGUGGCGGGCACGAACUUACCCCUCACCCCCACAGACCCGCACCACACAAACGUAUGUAAAAUUCGGUGACUUUGCAGAGCAACAUCUUUCGUUAGUUUCCAACAAAUCACAUUUAAAGUAAAUUAGCAUCUCUACUAAUUUUAAAGCAUUCUUUUUUAUUUUAGCCGUGUUGACGAAUUUUUCACUUACUGGACUCACACAAAAAUUAUUUUAAUAAUUAAUGCAAAUUUCGCAAUCUUAUUGUUACCAGACAGCUGGCCUUGAAAAGUCUUGAAAAACUACCAGUUCCUGCAAAAUCGAAAAAUGUUUUUGAAUAUCGUGAAAUUAUAAAUUGCCUUACUCCUUAAAUUAUUGAAAAUUUUUGAGGUUUGUUGAACAAGUUACGGUUUUGUUUUACGGUAUACCAGCUUUAUUUCUGGAAACAGAACUUUCUUUUUUUACUUUAUUUCUCUCUCUCUCUCUUUUUUUUUGUAAAUUCACUAGUUACCAUAAAGGAUAGGCACAAUUUGAACAGAUCUUAAGCUCUGUAACAAUUUUUUUUGCUGGAAAAGUAAUUCCAGUUUGAUACGAGUCUUUUAAAUAAAGGUGUUUGGAAAAAAAUCAAAUAUAUAGAUAAAAUAUGCCACUAUGAUAAAUGAAGCUUACUUGCAGGAGGAAAUUGCAGGAAAAUCCGCCUUUUAUGUUGGAACUCUUUGGUAAUUUUUAUCAAGAAUGCUUAUUGGCGGAAGACAGGUUCAAAAAAGAGGAUUUAGUUAAAAAUGCGGUGUUUUUUUUUUCGCCAAAGUGUUAAAUUGAAGUUUAUUUUUUUUACAAAUACGUUUUUUUUUCCUAUAAUGAAAGCGCGAUUCGGGCUUAUAAGGGUGCUGUGCCCUAUUUCAUCAGCACUUUCCUAUAAAGUUAGUUUGCAAAACAGUCUAUAUUUUUGCGUAUUCAAGUACGCGCAAGCAGUCACACAAAAGGUCUGGAACAGGCUGAAAACAGAGAGCGAGACUGGUUUUUUUUCUCUCGCCUCACACGCCCGCUUUACCGAUUUCUUUACUGAUUUUGAGAAAAAAAACGACUGUUUUACAGUCUUUUAUAAAGUGCAAAUUAUCUUAGCCUUGGAAAGCGCAAUAAUUGUUUUUAUUUUAUUUAUUAAUUUAUGUUUGGAUGUAAAUUUUUUCAUUUAUUUUAAUUUUCCUAUUCAACCUUAUUUGUAUUGUUAUGUUAGUUUGCCGUAAUCAGUUUUUGUCUUAUCUUAUUAACUUAGGUUUGUUUUCAUAUUUCCCCCGCCUCGAUUAGCCCUUUAUUCUAUUAGCGGUAGCGAAGUUUAUUUUCUUUGUAUCUGAACUAUGUGGAAUAAAAUUGUUGUUGUUGUAAGUGCUGUAAACAAUAGUUGUAGUUUUAAACUUGAAAACAAUCCUGGCUAUCGUAACUGCUAUUCCCUUUUCAAGCUUCCGUUCUCUGCUUUCCUGUGGCACAACUGGAUGAAGUCCGUCGUAGUUUUAUUGUAUGCAUUCUUAUCAGCAACGUCAUUACGAACUAUUGCUCAUAAUUUUAGCCACAUUAAGAAGUAAAAAAGAUAAGUUGAUGUACAAUUUAGCAGCUGGUCAUGUUUGAUGGGAUCUUUUCUUUUCUACCCAUACCGCUGAGUAACAAUGACGUACAUGUACCGAUUCGUUUUUUCCAGCAUCUUAAUUUGAUUGACAUCAAUUUCCUGGUGAUAUCUCUUGUAACAAUAACUUAUUAAUUAGAAAACUGAGUCCUGGCACCUUCAUAUUUCGCAAAAUGAAAUUUAGAAACACGAAAUCUGGUUAAAACAGCUUCUGAAAGCAUAACUUUCUUUUCCCUUUUUCUUUUUUUGCCAUAAAGGAUGAAAAAAUUUGAAAAGAUUUCAAACAUUUGUAUUAAUUUUUUCUUGUGGAAAGGUAACUCCAAUUUGGUACGGUUUAUAUUAAAUAAAUAUGGGUUUUUGGAAAACAUCAAAUUGACUUAAAUUUGUCAUGAAAUGAAGCUUAAGAAAUGAAGCUUAAUUGCAUCCAAACAGCAGGAAAACUUUCCAUUUUUAUCAAUGCUAAUUGCCGGUCCAGGAAGGAGGAUUUGGUUAAAAAAACGGGUUUUUUUGGCCAUCGCCAUUGAAGUUUUGUUUUGCAGAUAGGUCUUUUUUCAUUAUCAAGAAAGCCGGAAUGAAACGCUCUCCCUGCACGAACGGUAUUUUUCCUUUUUCAUCUUGGCGCCUAUGAAAGCGCUACACGUGAUGGUGUUGUGCCUUAUUUUAGCAGUACUUUUCUGUAAAGUGCAUAAUAAACGAUGGUUGUAGUUUUGAACUUGGAAACAAUCCUGGUUAUCGUAACUGCUUUUCUAUUUUCAUACUUCCGUGCUCUGCUUUCUUGUGGCUUAGUUUGUUGUAUCUUAUCAAGUGGUUUUACCCUUAUAAAAGUCCGAAUAAAGUCUGUCUUAGUUUUAUUGUAUGCAUUCUUAUCAGCGACGUCAUUACGAACUAUUGUUUAUUAUUUUAGCCACAUUAUACUAAGAAGUACAAAAAAGAUUAUUGAGUUGAUGUACAAUUUAAUUUAAACCUUUGUAACUUAGCAGCUGGUCUGGUUUGAUUAGAUUGUUGGCUUUAAAUUUCUACCCAUGCCGCAGAGUAACAAUGACGUACAUGUAGUUGUUUUCUCCAGUAUCUGAAUUUGAUUGACAUCAUUAUUUUCUGGCGAUAGCACCAAGUAACAAUGCUCCUGGUUCUGGCACCUGCAAAUUUUGCAAAUUAAAAUCAGAAAAAAAAACACGAAAUCUAGCCGAGGCUACAAAAUCCUAUGGCCUUUGAUUUUUGUGUCCUAAGAUAAAAUAGGCACAGAUCGUGAAUUCUUUUAAGACUAAAAAAAGGGAUCAGAAUAAAGCAUUAAGUGAUCAUGGAGGAUAGGAAAGCGUGAACGUUCUCGGACAUGUACAGAUGGUUUAACUGACCACAGGUACCCCAAGCUCAGGUAGUUGUUGCGUAACAGAAUAAGGAACUGAGUAUAGUCGUUAUCUAGGGCACAAAAACAGCAAUAAAAUACAUCAGAACAUGUACAUUUUACCUUGUUUUCCAGUUUUAUUCAUGGUGUGUUUUUUCUAGAUCUUAACAUACUUGGCCGUUUCAGCGCGAUUUAGCGAGUUUUUUAAAAACAAAGAUACAAGCCCUAAAAAUAUUUCUGUUACGCAACAACGGUCACUGGUAAACUUGGGGUACCUGUGGUCUUACAUGAGAGCGCUAACACUGCCAAAUUUGGGAUAAAGGUUACUUUGAUAAUGAACUAUCUUUGUAACUGUCUGUUCAAAUUUUUGUUUGCGAUCAAACAUAAAAGAUAAACAUUAUAAUAAUCGUAAUUUUUUUUAAAAUGGAAUUAAUUUCCAUCCUUUUAUGCAAAAUCAGUAGAAGCUAGCUUUAUAGCUUAAAUUAAUAACUGAAAGUGCCUGUUUGACAGUAAGUCUCAGAAACUGCUUCAUCUUGGACCACAAUCCGACAGAAACGUCCAUCAUGUCAUCGAGCACGACCAAGUCAGUGUUCAAUUGUCUGCAGGUUCCACAAUUCAUAUGGGACGUUCAUGACACCAUUUCUCCUUGGAUAUUUGCUGCUGUUGCAUCUAUAAUCUCACCCGCUGCAGUUCUUUUGAACGCGUUAGUUAUCAUAGCAGUUAUGAAAAGGAGAGAACUGCAGAAACCUUCCAAUAUCCUGUUGUCAAGUCCGGCCGUUACGGACCUUCUUGUAGGUGCUAUAUCUAUACCGUUAUCUGCUGUAACUGGAUUCUUACUUCCCUAUCAAAUUCUUGCUGCUCAGCAUAUUUGCACGCUCGAAACGGCAACAGGCUGGUUCUCAAUCACUCUGACAUUUUGUUCCCUCUUUCAUCUGGUGGUGAUUGCAUGGGAGAGAUACGUGGCCAUUCAAAAGUGGAGGGACUACAGAGUUAUAGUGACUAAAGGCCGCUUGAAAAAGCUGGCCCCAAUAGCUUGGAUUUUUGGGCCAGUAUUCGUUUUUAGCCCAUCCACUAUUUCCAUAGCGGUCAAUGGACACAAUACCAUUGAAGUUCUCGCGGCUUUAAUAUGUUGUAUGCUUGCACUCAUCGUAUAUUUUUACGUCAUGGUGUACCUUGGAGUAUGCAAACAAAAGUUCAAUCAAAUUUCCCAGGUCAGCGUGUUAGUGACAAUGAAACUGGAAAACAGAAUUGCUAAGACCACUGCUUUUGUUACAGAUUUUUUCCUUCGUUCCUGUUGUUUCUCUUGCUUUACUGGGACGGUUUUUUCCCGUACUUCGUGA